AUGACAAUUGCCAAACAUUGGAAAUACAACGAUAACGAAGAUAUUGUGUUGACUCAACUAAAGGGGUUGGUCGCAUCUAACCCCUUCGUCGAGCUCAUUGUCGACGAGAAAGUUGUGUUUAACCCCCAUUCAGAUACAUCUAAAAAGAUCACUGUUAUCAGUGGUGGAGGUGCAGGACAUGAACCAUUGCAUGGUGGAUAUGUUGGAGAGAACUUGUUGGAUGCUGCAGUGAGUGGUCAUGUUUUCGCUUCGCCCUCUACAAAACAAAUCAUGGCGGCAAUUAAGAAAAAGUCAGACAAGUCGAAAGGAACCAUUAUAGUUGUGAAAAAUUACACAGGGGAUGUUUUACAUUUUGGAUUGGUUGCAGAGAGAGCCAAGAGUGAAGGGUAUAAUGUCGAGUUGGUAGCCGUCAGUGACGACGUUGCUGUAGGAAGAGAACAGAAUAAGAUGGUUGGGAGAAGAGGAUUGGCAGGAACCGCUGUGGUGCAUAAGGUAUUGGGUGCAGCUUCAGCCGAGGAUAAUACUGAUUUGAAAACAGUGGCUGAUUUGGGUCAUGCAGUGAAUGAAAACUUGGUGACUUUAGCAGCCAGUUUGGACCGUACUUCGGUCCCCGGCAAAGCUGAACAAGACGUGGAGUUUAACGCAAGCGACGAAGUUGAAUUAGGGUUGGGAAUCCACAAUGAACCAGGGACUAAGAUCAAGCCUAUUCCAAAAUUGGAUGAUUUGAUCAAAGACAUGCUUCAUAAGUUGCUCUCUCCGGAGGACAAAGAUCGUCACUACGUUGACUUUAAUCCCGAUGAUGAAUAUGUGUUUCUUGUGAAUAACAUUGGUGGUACUUCAUCAUUUGAGUUGUAUGCCAUUACUGAGCACGUCUUACAAAACUUGCCCUUGAAGAAAAAACCAAAAAGAAUUUUGGUCAGCGACUUUGUCACCUCGUUCAACUCUCCUGGGUUUUCAAUAACAUUGCUCAAUUUAAGCAACAUCGACAAGAAGAAGAUUGCUUAUUCUGCCAAUGAUAUUUUAAGGUUUUUGGAUUCUCCAACGAAUGCACCCGGCUGGAAGCCUAAAUCAUAUGCACCAAAGUUCUGGGAUGAUCUUCUGAAUAGACAUGUUGAAUCACCAAUGAAGCAUCAAUCAGUGUUGACAUCUGAUUUGAGAGUCGACGCAAAGACUUUUGAAGAACAUCUAAAGAGUGGAUUGGAGAAUUUACUAGAGGAAGAACCAAAAAUCACACAUUAUGACACCUUGGUUGGUGAUGGUGACUGUGGUGAAACAUUGGCAGCUGGGGCUAAUGCAAUCCUUAAAGCUCUUAAGGAUAAUGCACAAUUUAAAGAGCACUUGUCGGAUCCAGUUGCCACACUUUCUCAGAUUACUGAGUUUGUGGAAGACAGUAUGGGCGGAACGUCAGGUGGUAUUUAUUCCAUAUUUUUAACAGCCUUGGUUCAGCAUUUGAAGUCAGCUAAAGAUGUUGAUAACAAGACAAUUGCAAAUGCAUUUUACAAAGCGUUGCACGACGGUUUGUUCAAGUACACCAAAGCUAGAGUUGGAGGUAGAACAUUGGUAGAUACUUUGCAACCAUUUGUAGACACAUUUGAAAAGACUAAGGACUUGUCGAAAGCAGUAGAGGCUGCGGAGAAGGGGUGUCAAGAGACAAAAAAUUUGGAAGCCUCGUUUGGUAGAGCAAGUUAUGUAGACAAAAAGGAGUUUGAAGCGGAAGGUGGAAUUCCUGAUCCAGGCGCCGUUGGAUUGCUUGCUUUAAUAGAAGGGUUUACUAAAUAA